CCCGCGCCGCGCAGCAUGCACUGGGGGGUUGGUUUCGCCUCGUCCAGGUCGUGUGUGGUGGAUCUAAGCCGGAAUCAAAGCCUCUGGUGUGCGGGAUCCGACGAUCGCUUUUCUUUUUAUGGGGAGAUUAUCGCUUUCCCUUUGCAGGAUUACGGCGGGAUCAUGACAGGGCUGGGAUCUGAUUCGUGGUGGAAAAAAACCCUUUAUUUGACGGGGGGAGCCCUACUGGCCGCCGCUGCGUAUCUGCUGCAUGAACUCCUGGCCAUUAGAAAAGAGCAAGAGGUUGAUUCAAAAGAUGCUAUCAUACUGCAUCAAUUUUCAAGGCCGAACAAUGGUAUUCCCAGUUUAUCCCCUUUCUGUUUGAAAAUGGAGACUUAUUUAAGGAUGGCUGAUUUACCCUACCAGAACUAUUUUGAUGGAAAACUUUCUCCUCAAGGGAAAAUGCCAUGGAUUGAAUACAACCGUAAAAAAGUAUCUGGCACAGAGUUCAUUAUUGACUUUUUGGAAGAGAAGCUUGGAGUGAAUUUAAACAGACACCUUGGCCCACAUGAAAGAGCGGUUUCUAGAGCAGUAACGAAGAUGGUGGAGGAGCACUUCUACUGGACCUUGGCAUAUUGCCAAUGGGUGGACAAUCUUCAUGAGACUCAGAAGAUGCUCUCUCUUAGUGGCCCCUUCAGCGACCUCCUGAAGUGGAUUCUCUGCCACAUAACGAAAGGGAUUGUGAAGCGAGAAAUGUAUGGCCAUGGCAUUGGCCGCUUCUCUGAGGAGGAGAUAUACAAGCUGAUGGAGAAAGAUAUGCGCUCCCUAGCAGGUCUUCUGGGUGACAAAAAGUACAUCAUGGGACCGAAGCUUUCUACUUUAGAUGCCACAGUCUUUGGUCAUCUGGCACAGGCAAUGUGGACGUUACCAGGAACCAGGCCAGAGAGACUGAUUAAAGGAGAAUUGAUUAACCUUGCUAUGUACUGCGAGAGGAUAAGGAGGAAAUUCUGGCCAGAGUGGCAUCAUGACGAUGACAACACUCUGUAUGAGUCGGAAGAAAGUAGCGAGGCAAGCAAGACUCACCCUUUGCAGGACUUCAGUUUUUACUCAAGGACAGAAACAUUUGAUGAUGAGGGAACCGAAAAUAGUUUUUCCCGAACACCUGACACCGAUUACACUGGACAUUCCCUCUUUGAUUCAGAUGUGGACAUGGAUGACUGCACAGAUCAUGAACAAUGCAAGUGACACGUGUAAGAAAUAAUUCUCCAUCUUGGCUUGGAAACACCACCACCUCCUGGGAAUCAUGCCAAUUGCCCCACACUCA